CCUAUCUUUGUUCUGAAGGUUCAAAAUGGCAGACGAGUUGAGAUUCGAUGGCCGUGUAGUUCUUGUAACAGGGGCAGGAGGAGGGCUCGGGAAGGAGUAUGCACUCGCCUUCGCUUCCAGAGGCGCCUCGGUUGUUGUCAAUGAUCUUGGUGGAGACGCAAAGGGCGGAGGAAAAAGCAGUGCAGCGGCCGACAAGGUUGUUGAAGAGAUCCGCUCUCGUGGAGGAAAAGCGGUAGCUGAUUACAACUCCGUGGAAGACGGCGAAAAAGUUAUACAAACGGCAUUAGACGCAUUUGGUCGGAUUGAUGUCCUCAUCAACAACGCUGGGAUUCUUAGAGAUCGAUCGUUCGGUCGCAUAAGUGAUGUCGAUUGGGAUCUCGUCCACCGUGUUCACCUCCGAGGAUCGUUCAAAGUGACCCGAGCAGCUUGGCCUCAUAUGCGAAAACAGAAGUAUGGUAAGAUCAUUAUGACUUCCUCAACCUCUGGUGUGUUAGGGAAUUUUGGUCAAGCGAACUACAGCGCAGCUAAAAUGGGUCUUAUUGGUCUAACUAACACAUUGGCCAUUGAAGGAGAAAAGUAUAAUGUGGUCUGUAAUACUAUUGUUCCAACUGCUGGAUCAAGGUUGACUAAGGGACUACUGCCCCCUGAUGUCUUUGACGCCCUUAAACCAGAGUAUGUUGCUCCUUUUGUUGUGUAUCUUUGCCAUGAGAGCUGUCCAGAGAGUGGUGGUGUCUUUGAGAUGGCUUCAGGUUGGGGGGCACAGUUAAGGUGGCAGGAGAGUUCAGGGGCAAUGCUAAGAAAAGGUGGUGUUACUGUGACACCAGAGAUGGUGAGAGACAACUGGGGUAAGAUCACUGACUGGUCUGGUCCUGUGAAGCCAAAGUUAAGGGGUGAUGCCAUGACUGAUCUGAUCCCAAUAAUCCAAGAAGCUAACACAACAGUACCAGAAAGUGGAAAAACUUCAAGCAAAUCACUGGAAAUUCGAGAGUCACAGUGUACUUUUGAAGCCAAGGAUGUGAUCCUGUAUGCACACGGGGUUGGGGUAACUGUGCAGGAAGACUCAUCUCACCUUAAGUUUCUUUAUGAGGGAUGUGAUGAGUUUUGCACCUUACCUACCUUUGGAGUAAUUCCAGCUCAGGUGUGUCAAAUCAUUGAAGAGCUAUUUUCAAUUUUUGAGAGCAAAGUAAUCUAAGAUUGCACUGGUUUUGCAUUACUAUGCCUUCUGCUUGGUUAAGAAGAAUUAUAUUAUCUUUAUAAGAAAACAGUUUAUUUAAUUUUUUUGUUUUUCCUUGGCAGUCAGCAAUGAAUAAUGUUAUUGUGAGAGCAGUGGAACAAGCUGGACUUCCUUUUAAUCCAGCAAAGGUAAACUAAGUAAAAUAAAUGAUCUAUGACUUUCCAAUGACAUGCCCUGUCCUGGUAAUAAACUCCCUUUCUUUUCACCACUUUGUAACCCCCUUCAGUUCUAGGCUCAUCUAUUUUUAACCUUUUCACUCCCAAGAUCUUAUUAGUAAUUCUCCUUACUGACUGCUGUACAAUUCUUAUGAUUUUAGUUCUGAGAAUUUGUUACUGGAUCAACUGAUAAUCCCCUAUUUGAUAUUUCUCUUUAUUCUUAUCACUUGUCUGUUUGAAACUGUAUGGAUAUUGUAGGGAGAAAUUCUCUCUUGGUCACUCAUGGGAGUUAAGGGUUAACAUUAAUCCCCAUGCUUUAACAUGUUGUCACUAAAAACUCAAUCUAGAGUUAAAUCUUUAGUUCAUUUUAUCACCCUUGUUCUCUUAUAGCUCCUCCAUGGGGAACAGUAUCUGGAACUUUAUAAACCCUUGCCUACUUCAGGAACCUUGACAAGCAAAGGAGAGGUUGCUGACAUCCUCGACAAAGGGAAAGGAGCCAUAGUGCUGGUGAACAUCACUAGUUAUGACAGCAGUGGUGAAGCAGUGUGUUUCAAUCAAUUCUCCAUCUAUAUUGGUGGUGCUGGGGGGUUUGGAGGAAAAAAGCGCUCAGAGCAUUCCAAGCCUCUCGUUACAAUGCCAGCCCGUGCACCUGAUGCCAGUGUCAGGGAGAAGACUGACGUUUCUGUAGCAGCAAUUUAUCGGUUGAGUGGUGAUCUUAAUCCAAUACAUAUUGAUCCAGAUUUUGCCCAGUUAGGAGGUGGAGUGAAAGUUUUCUUUAUUUUAUGUUUCUUCCACAUUGAAUAUGCAGUUCUUAAAAAAAAAAUCAAUUGUCAAGCUAAUAAAAAAUUCCUCACCAGCAACAUGUAUUGUCCCUGAGAGCAACUUAAAGGUUUCAAUAACUUUUUCCAUAAGCUGCUGUUAAUGGUGCAGAAGUAGUGUGUGGAAAAGGGGCAUAAGAUGAAAUCCAAACACAAGUGCCUGCUUGCAGGCUAAACAGAUGGCAGUAAGAGGUCUUAUAAGCAGUGGUAGACCACUGAUAAAUGGCUUUACCCUGGGCAGGGAACAGUUAGGCUAAGUUUAAAAAAUUAACAACACUCAAACUUCUUGGGAUUCUAAGAUUCAGACUUUUAUUCAAAUGCUCAACCUCCCUGUGUAGAAUUUACAAAGGUCUUGGACUUGAAGGAUUGUUUGGGUUUGAUCUCUUGAACAUCAAAAUUUACCAUUUCUUGCAUUGCAUAUUGAAAAUUCAUCAAUUGUUUGUGACUGUUCACAGGUUUUUCCCACCCUAUCCUUCACGGUCUUAGUACAUUUGGUCAUGCUGCUCGUCAUGUGCUGAAGCAGUAUGCAAACAAUGAUGUUAGCAAAUUCAAGGCCAUCAAAGCAAGGUUUUCUAAACCUGUUUUCCCUGGUCAGACACUGCAGACUGACAUGUGGCGUGAUGGCAACAGGAUUUCAUUUCAGUGCAAAGUGGUUGAAAACGGUAAUGUGGUGCUGUCAGGGGCAUAUAUUGACUUGAAGGAUGUCGAUGUUGCUGUAAAGAAAGUGCCGGUGAGUAACGUGCUCCGGUCUAGAACUUCUGUACCUAAAGAAUAUUUAUGCUAAGAAAUUUGGUUGUGAGUGGCUUGAGAGAAAAUCGACAAGGAAGAAUUUGACAAUAAACAGAGCUACAUAGACAUGUAUGCUUUUAUAGACUUCCAGCAGCAUAGAAUCACACUUAAUUAGUGGAUCAUAGUGUUUAAUUUUGGUAUUCAUGUUGAUUCUCCCCUCUAGCUGUUACACAUUUCCUUGUCAGUCAGUUUUAAGAAUUUGGUGUUAGAUCAAGAUAACAACAUUAACCUGAUAAGUUUGAGCAUUCUCAAUACCUGUUUCCUGGUUAGUGUAUCGAUAUUAUAGGGAGAAGUUACAUUUUAAGGAUCUACAUAUUUUUCAGUCUCUACAGGACAUAAAUGCAUUGGUGUCCCACCCAUGCAAAUCAGGCCUUAAGAGUGAAGCUCUGUUUAAUGAGAUCAGCAAACGAGUCUCAGACCACCCAGAACUUGUCAAGAAGGUCAAAGGUGUCUUUGAAUGGAACGUGACAAAAGGGGGGAAGACUGCUGGUCAGUGGACUGUGGACCUUAAUAGUGGAUCUGGGUCUGUGACAGUGGGUCCUUACAAGCAAGGCAAGCCAGACUGUAGUAUAACUGUGGAAGAUGACGACCUUUCCUCCAUGGCGACGGGAAAGUCAAACCCUCAACAGUUGUUUAUGAAGGGGAAGUUGAAAGUGAAAGGAAACAUCAUGCUCACUGCAAAAUUGGCGCAGUUGUUCAAGGAUAAUGCCAAAAUGUAAUGGCAAAGAAAAAGUGAUGAGAACAUUACUACUGUGUGAUUGAAGAUAGAGUUAAUAUUGCAAAAAAAAAUUGUGUAGCUCUUCAUCUUAAUGAAUAACAGUGACUACCUACAUCUUUAAAUAAAUGAUUACAUUUUUGGAA